UUUCAACAUCCAUUUUGAUUUUUAUUAUUUCAGAUAAAUUAAUUGCUAACAGAUGGUUUAUUAGAAGCCAGGAAAAUAUUGCUCCAGAUUCCUACACAAUUUGAGCAACAUAACAGUGGAGGAGAAAUGUUCCGUCAAUUCCAGUGUGAAAGGCUUUUGAAACUCAGAGUGUGGUACAACAUAAUAUUUGGAGAUGUAAGAUGAUCUCCACAUUAACCUUUAUGGCAAAUGUUUAGGUUUCAUGUUUUUAUCGCAAAUUAGAUUAUGCAAACAACUUGUUACACAUAAAAAACAAAUCAAAAUUCUAAAUGUCUUCUUUCGUUCAAUUUAUCGAAAAAAAGCUGUUUUACAUCAAAUACUUAUCCCUCAAAAAUGGGCGAAAACUGGAUCGUUGGUGGAGUUUGAAGUUAUCGGAACAUAUUGUCCGAAAUACAAAACACCCGAAACAUGCAAAAAUGCAGCAACAAUGAAUGAAAAAUGCUUCUGGUGUGGAAAGGUUAACAAAUGCAUUGAAAGUAACGAUCACGAAACUCAUGACUUAAAAGUUAAUGAUUGCCGUGUCGAGAAGAUCUCCGAGGUUAAUGAAUUGAGUACACCAACACCCACUAUUUUAAUUGAAAGCACUUUGAUGAGCUCCGAAGUUCAGUUAACUGAAAACCUCAAUGAAACUACCGAGGGAACCGAUCAAUACUCGAAUGUUACUGUUGAAAUAAGCAGAGUGGAAA